CCAGUGGUGCUGCCCGUAAGAGGUCUGCAAGAGGAGGUACUCGAUGUCGUCUUUUGGUGGAGCACAGUUUGCCAGACGUCGAAACACGAUGAACCCACAGGCUCGCAGCGCCAUCUGGUGUGAGAGAGGGAACAAAAGGCUUGGCUUUGGAAGGGAAUCUCUACUAAAGAUCCACACUUCUACCUGCAGGUGGGAAACAGGAGCGCAAGACAUCACGUCAAUAAAAGCUCUGGUGUGUGCAGAUAAGAAGCAGCAGGCGUCUGCCUUCCCACACAGCGGGCAGCUGAGAGCCACAUUUGCUUGGCCGGACUGAGAGGACGCGGCCGCUCAACUCCAAGUGUUAUGGAGCAGAAGAGGCCAGCAGCAGGAGAGCAGCAUUUGGUGGGGAAGAAAGAAGAAUUGAUGGAAGCAAAGCGUACUUUCAGAACAUUGGAAGGUCGGGACAUCCUGCUCAUCUACCACCAGGGAACCUUCUAUGCUCUGGACUCUUACUGUUAUCACGCUGGUGGGAUGCUGCACAACGGGGACAUCGAGGACAUCGAUGGCAAGCUGUGCAUCGUGUGUCCCCGCCACAAGUACAAGAUUUCCCUGGCCAAAGGUGAAGGUCUCUACAAGGCCACUGACCUCACCCAGAAAACCCCUAGACCCAGAUGGUUCUCCAAAGGAGUGAGGCAGCGAGUCCACACGGUAACGGAGACCGACGGGGACGUCUACGUAAAACUCUCUGGGGAGCCGGGGUGGGUCGACUCGGACUAUUUCCAAGGAGAGAAGGGCAAAGUGGAAAGGGCCAGAGCUGAGGCCCUUGAGAAGAAGACAUCUUCCUAAUGGAUGAUGUGCUACGUUUACAUAAAGACUGUAAGUACAGUAGCGCAUGUUAGACCUUUAGUGGCUUUCAAGCAGUCUGUGUAUCAUUUUCAAAUACUUCAAACUACAUCCAUGUUGGAAUUAAUUGUCUGCUUCGCCAAACAUGAUCAUGUUGAUUUCCAAUUAAAUGACAUCAGAUGCACCUCCAGAAGGGAA